AUAAAAAGCAUGAUGCAAGUAUCGUCUGACGUCUAUCCCCCUCUGCCCUCUCUACUCUGUCUACCUCUCUAUUUCUCUCUCUCUCUCUCCUCUCCAAUAGAGAAAUUGAUUUCCCAAAAUCCUAAUGCUUGGCCAUAGUUGAUCCACGUGUCGGGUUGACCUCGUGAUGACAUUAUUUGUGUAAUUGUACUAACCUCAAGAAAUAGAAUACAUAAACAAUCUCCAAUAUCCAUAAUACUCCAUCAAACUUCACUCCAACGCCCCUAAAUAAACCCCCUCCACCAUUUUUUUUUUUUCUUCCCUAUCAAUUUCCAACCUUGUCUAUCAAAAAUGGUGGCAGCUACAGAUGAUAGCAACAGCAACAGCAACAACAUGAGAGGCUUACUAUCAGGAUGGGGCCUUUCUCUUACAGGAAGGUCAUGUGACAGCUGCCAUGCUGCAGCCGCUUUGCUUUACUGCAAGGCCGACGCAGCAUUCUUAUGCGGUCCAUGCGACACCAAGAUCCAUCUUCCAACCUCUUACCCUCGCCAUGAGCGUGUCUGGGUGUGCGAAGUCUGCGAGCAAGCACCUGCUGUUGUCACCUGCAAAGCAGAUGCUGCUGCUCUAUGUUCAUCCUGUGACCAAGACAUCCACUCCGUUAAUCCCUUAGCUAGUCGUCACGAGCGUGUCCCUAUUAUCCCCUUUCUCGAUACUACCACCGCUCCUUCCUCCGCAGCUUCCGCCUUCCUUGUACCCGACCACCUUCCUGCUUCUAUUGAAGAUGCCGAUGCUUGGUUGAUCCCUAAUCCAAGUACCACUUUAUUGUACAAUGACUCUGAUUUUCUCAAUUUUGGAUAUGGUUUUGAAUCGCCAACUCAAUUUCAGCAACAAGAUGUCAAACCGAUUGUUCAUCAACAAAAUGGUGCUUACGCUUUUACUGAUAGUGUUGUUCCUACACAAACACAAACACAAACACAAUCGCCAUCGCAAUCUCAAUCGCAAGGAAACAACUUCAAUAAUGUUACUACUUCCUUGUUUGAGAAUUGCUUCAACAUCGACUUCACUCAGCCUAAUAAACUAAACAACACCAACAACAAAAACAAAAACAACCAUCUCUUUUCUUCUUCAUUCAACUACUCUGCUAAUGCUCACCAAAGUGUUUCUUCCUCGGAUAUUGGAGUAGUACCAGACGGAAACACGAAUUCGAUGUCAUCGGAAGUUUCAUAUACGUUCGUACGAUCGAUGUCGAACGACGUCGGAUCAUCAAUCGGAGCUCCGGUUAUGGAUAGAGAAGCUAGGGUUUUACGGUACAGAGAGAAGAGGAAAAACAGAAGGUUCGAGAAGACGAUUCGGUACGCUUCAAGAAAAGCCUACGCCGAAACGCGUCCUAGAGUUAAGGGCCGUUUCGCCAAACGUACUGAUACCAAAGAAACGUCCGAGAUCGAUUUCACUCUUGAUGAUGGAUACGGCGUCGUUCCAGCGUUUUGAUUUUGUAAACCAAUUAAGUAUAAGUAUAAUUUUAAUUAGUUCUCUUAAUCCUUUGUAACACUAUUUGAUCCUACUUUUCCUUUUUAUGAAAUGUAAUUUCAAUAGUAUUUUAGAAUUAAUUAAGCUAAAUUUGAAGUGAA